CGCGCGGGGGCGCGGCGGCCUCACCAUGAACCCCAGGGGCCUGUUCCAGGACUUCAACCCCAGCAAGUUCCUCAUCUACGCGUGCCUGCUGCUCUUCUCCGUGCUGCUGCCGCUGCGCCUGGACGGCGUCCUCCACUGGAGCUACUGGGCGGUCUUCGCCCCCAUCUGGCUGUGGAAGCUCCUGGUCGUCGCGGGCGCCGCGGUGGGCGCCGCCGUCUGGGCCCGGAACCCGCGCUACCGCGCCGAGGGGGAGGCCUGCGUGGAGUUCAAGGCCAUGCUCAUCGCCGUGGGCAUCCACCUGCUGCUGCUCAUGUUCGAGGUGCUGGUCUGCGACAGGGUGGAGCGCGGCAGCCACUUCUGGCUGCUGGUCUUCAUGCCGCUCUUCUUCGUGUCCCCCGUGGCCGUGGCCGCCUGCGUCUGGGGCUUUCGGCACGACCGGUCGCUGGAGCUGGAGCUGCUGUGCUCCGUCAACAUCCUGCAGUUCAUCUUCAUCGCCCUGAGGCUGGACAGGAUCAUCCACUGGCCGUGGCUGGUGGUGUUCGUGCCGCUGUGGAUCCUCAUGUCGUUCCUCUGCCUGGUGGUCCUCUACUACGUGGUCUGGUCGCUCCUGUUCCUGCGCUCCCUGGACGUGGCGGCGGAGCAGCGCAGGACGCACGUCGCCAUGGCCGUCAGCUGGGUAACGAUCGUGGUGCCCCUGCUCACCUUUGAGGUCCUGCUGGUCCACAGACUGGACGGCCACAACGCGUUCUCCUUCAUCUCCGUGUUUGCCCCCCUGUGGCUUUCGCUCCUGACGCUCAUGGCCACAACCUUUCGGCGGAAGGGGGGCAACCACUGGUGGUUUGGUAUUCGCAGGGAUUUUUGUCAAUUUCUGCUUGAAAUUUUCCCAUUUUUAAGAGAAUAUGGGAACAUUUCAUACGACCUGCAUCAUGAAGAUAGUGAGGAUGCUGAAGAAACAUCAGUUCCAGAAGCUCCAAAAAUUGCUCCAAUAUUUGGGAAAAAGGCCAGGGUGGUUAUAACCCAGAGCCCUGGGAAAUUUGUUCCCCCGCCACCCAAGUUAAAUAUUGAUAUGCCAGACUAAACUCCUAGGGAGCACCUGUAAGUGGGAUGGAAACCAUAUACACACAGCACACAAAAUUCACCUUUCUUUUUGCCUCAUUGUUCAUGCAUCCCAUAGCUGGAACUGAAAACAGGCUCCAAACACCAUCCUCUCAUGCCUUGUUUGAGAUUGAUGCCUAUCAGUGACUAUGCACCUUAGAUGUAGGGGGUUAUUUUGACAUAUGGCCCUGUGUGUGUGUGUGUGUGUGUGUGUGUGUGAUGUGUGUGAGAGAACUUGCUUUCCAGAUUGGGAGCAGUAAGUUGAAUUGUUUGAGGAACACUGCUGGGUUGUUGAUUUUUGUUUUGUCUUUAGUGGUACUGUACCUAUCCAAAGUAUUGUUUUUAAAAGUAUUUUUAUACACUGUUAGUGUAAAAUUAUAUUUCAGAUUGUGCCUAUUGUGACAUACUGCAUAGCAAAUGUAAAGAAAUCUCUUUUCCACCACUUGUUUAUCUCAGUUAUUUCCACCACUUGUUAAAUCUCAGUUAUUAUUUUUAGUGUUCCUACUGUUCAAAUAGUUUUUCUUUGAGUAUUGCUGAUACUGGUCUUUAAUAUCCUGAUAGGUGGAUUUUUCUAAAGCAGUGAAUUCAUGCAUAUGAUAUUUAUAUGAAUAUUUUAGUGGUGUAAUAUAUAAUGUUGGAUUCUAGUUCUAUGCAGUACUAUGUAUUGUGUUAAAGUAUUUUUUUAAGUUUCUAUGUGAAGAUCUAUGUCUAUUGUAGAUGUCCUUAAAGAUUACUUAAAACGUUAAUAUGUACCUGGUUUGGGAUUUUAUCAAAGUACUAGGCAUGGAUCUAGAGGUUGAAAAUUCCAUGGAUCUUAAUUUUUAGGUGUUAGGGGAGUCAGCUCAGCUUUAAGGUCUCCUAGUCAAGGCAGGAGCCGCCCCCAUCCUUUGUGAACAGGCAGCAUGCUGCAGGCUUAUUUCAGCACCUUGAGUUUUUCCACACAGGCAGUAAUAUCUUCAGGAAUAACCAAAAUCAGCAACAGGUGGUCUGUCCAUUUCUGAGAACUGAGAAUAUUAGUUAGCCAUCAUAUAAAGCGUUGCUUCUACCGGACAGCUGGAGAGAGGGGGCCUUAACCAAAAAUGGCCAACAGAGUAUAUAUGGUCUUAAGGUCCAAACUUUUUGAAUUCUCAGUAACAGGAAAAUUAUAGUUCAAGUAAUUGUUUAAAGAAGUAAAGUGUUUCAGUAGGUGUUGGUGGCACACCAUGGAAUCCAAAGGGCAGCAUUACUGGGAGGGUAAUGUUCUUCUGGCUGAGAACACAUAAAUACUUUUAAAGGAGGUUAAAAUUGAAAGACCUAUUGCUGUUAUUACUGGAUAGAAGACUGAAGGGAAUCCAUUUUUAUUGGUAGCAACAUAUUAAAAAUUAAGUUGGGCUUCAUAUGAAUUAAUUUACCUGAUGAGGGAGCAUGCUGGCAGGAAACGCUGGCCACAGAAGCCAGCCUGGAACCUGGGCGUCUGAAAGCCUAAGGGUAUAGUAGUGUGCUCUUGCACGCGCUUGCUCUUGCUCUUGCUCACUGUAUCCCCCCACCCUGCCCCAUGCCUUCCCUUCCCUCCUCCCCACACAUAAUCCAUCUACACCAAGCAUCAGAAUGUGGGAGCAGCUGUGAGCAACAGUGACUGCAGUAUUUCAUAAGCAAGGACUCAUUCACUCAUUUUCUUUCAUAAAUACUACUCACUCUGAACCGGCCAGCCGCGCACACAGCAUAUAGUGAAAGGCCACUAGGAAGCUAGUGAGCACUGCAACACUUACCUGUGGGAGUGAACCAGCCCCGAACAGUGGAUGAUGACAAACCAGAAAGAUGCUACUCACCUCCGGGCAACCCUUGCCUGGCACCUCAAAGUUCUCUUUUUCAGAAGCCCAGUGCCCCUUGAUGGGGACAUUGACUUACACUACAAUUUGGGAGUGGAGGUGCAGGUUGCUGGAGGAAUUGCAGGGCAGGUGGGGACAGCAGUGGGAUUGCCCAAUCCCUACCAGCUGCAUUUUCAGACAAGGGGGCUUGUUUGCACCUGGUUGAAUGUCUCCUAACCCUGAAGGCAUCGCCCACACCUAAUCCAGCUCACCUCCUUUGCCCCAGGCUGUCCUGGUGUUGAGGAAUCAGGGUCUGAGUAUGAUGAUGAGCUUCUCUUGUCCCCUGUCAGACAUCCGCUUCUAGACCAUCAGAUAAAAACAGCAGGAAGGGCAGGUUGCAGAAAGUUGUCUCAUCUGUAAAAGUUUAUACCAUCUCAGCUGCAUGGGAGAUCUGCCUAAUUGCCAUGCUACUCUUCUCCGUGUUUAAAGUGUCAAAAUCUGUAACACUGUAGUUGCUCCUUAUGAUGAUACAGGCAGCAUUUGCUGCAAAACCACCUCGGAAAUCGCAGUGGCCCUCAACUGCAAAUUCUCACUCUCAGGUUUCCACGUUGGUUAUGGCCGCGACUAGAUGCCCGGGCCACGGGUCUGCUCCAGGUCUGCUCCACAAGGCACCCCUUAUUCUAUUCUGGGUCCUAGGUGAAGGAGCAGCGUUCCCUGGGGCAUGUUCUUGCUCAGGUUAGAAGCACAAGAGGCCAGGCCAAACCCUGCAAGCACAAGAACAGCCCCUGCUCACAGGUAAUUCCUGUCAGGUGUACCUGUUCGGCUGACCAAAGCACAAGCCAUGCCCACCUCAAUGUGGGCUCACUCACACUCGAGGAAUGAGGACACGGGCCAUACAAAUGUUGCAGAGUAGUUUCAAAGCUGAAAAGGAAUCACAAAAUUGGUGUUAGGUCAUGAAUAAUUUUUUCCCUCUGUUUUACAAACAUUUUGUAAUUUUUUAAAAUUGUUUGAUACUGUAACAAUAAUUAGAAAGGAAUCUAUUGGGAUGCAGAGGGCAGGGGAUUUGAGGGCCAAAGGAAGACCCUGCACUCAGACCCCUGUGGAAACUGGAGGCUGCACACAGGACGGAUUUAUGGCAGGGUUCUCCUCCAGAGCUUCCUGGGUGUCUGCAGAAUCUAUGGAAAGGUCAAGCCUGAGCAUGGGGAGACCAGCUGGGCAGGAGGGAAAUGAAGGAGCAGAAGAGGGUGGUGAGGGAAGAGGCAGAUGCUUCUGCUCCCGGCCACCUUCCCCAGGAUUUUGCAUGGAAACUAUGGGGAGAGAACAGGCAGCUCAGGCUGGCAGGAAGGCUGGAUCUAGCUCAGCAAGCAGGCGGGAUCUAGGGAAGUUGCUGCAAACCCAGGCAAGGUUGUACCUCAGGACCAUCUGGUGGGGAUGAUGCAGCUUGGCCAAAUGCCACUGCCACCAAAAUAGUAAAUGCCACCAGUGUCACCCCCACUGCCACAAGUUCCCGACUGUCUGCCAUACGCCAGGAUGAAUGGAGGAACAGCAUGUUUGCGUAAGCCUCAGGUGUGUGUUCAUUCUACAGCUUCCAGAGCAUGAGAGGAGAGGUUAUAUCUGGAUCCUUUUGCUUUGGUAGGAUGCAGGACUCUACCAGAACUCACUUUAGAGAAUUUGUCCCAAAAGGAAGUGUGUUCAGAUGCCGGUAAGCAAAGGUGUUGACAAAAGUGCAGGACAUCAAGCCCCUCGCUGACAGACUCCACCCUGCUUCCCAGUCUAACAUUUCAAAUACACCCCACCAAGUGCACAACUGUCUGGUUCCUUCUGGAAGGAACAAGGGAGACAGUCCAAUGAAGCUUAUUAUUACUUCAUCCAACUCUUUCUCUAGGAUAUUUGGAGAUGUCGCCUUCCUCUAGUUCAGGGCUCCCUCCAUAGCCUGUAGAACGCGUGCAUGGAAGUGCACGACCACAGCAUGCCCUGCAAAGUGCUGUCCAAGGAGCGCUGGAGGUCCAGGCGGUCCUCCCUUCCCCAACCACACUGCAGGGGGAAGCCCAUUCUCUGUGUAUCCUUCAGCCAAUGCUGCAGCAGAAGCACAGAAGCAGACUUAAGCUUGCAGCCGCCUUUACCUAGCAAGACAGCAAAUGUUUGCCAAGAUGCAAAAAUAAUGCCACUCUUUUCAUCCUUUUUUUUUUUUUUUUGGUGUUUGUUUUGGAAAAUAAGGGUAUUUUUCAUUUAAAAAUGUUAAUAAGUUUAUUGUUUCAAAAUAAAUUAUUGUAGUUUUUGGCUUUGGUUUCUACCA